AGUUGAAACUUUGUAUGCCAGCCGUGGACGCUGCGAGCGGGGCGUCACUAUCAACAUAACAGCGAACAAUGGUGGUUGGGGCCGUUCUUCUGUAGUCGGAGAUUAACGCGCACCUCAGAAUGACAUCGCCGCACAGAAACCCGAAGGACCUCAAGAAGAUGAUCAAGGACACGAAGCAGGACAUGGAUGACGUCCACGUCGCACUGGAGAAGCUCCGAAGUCUGUCCGAGGAGGACAAGUCGGAGACGGCGGCGCUGCGCUCCAGGAUCGACGAGCAGUCGAGUCUCAUCUGUAUCCUGAAGCGCAGGGCGGACGAGAUGCUGCAGCGCUGCCAGGCUCUGGAGCGCAUCAACUGCGAGCUGGAGGAGCUGCAGCAGGAGGUGCAGAAGGAGCUGGAGGACGAGAGGAAGCGCUCCUCGCAGCUGGAGCAGAGGUUCGCCGACCUGGCGGCUAACCACCAGAUGCUGAUCGACUUCAAGGAGGAGUACAAGAGACAGAAUGCGCAGCUGACCCAGGAGAACCAGCGGCUGCGGCAGGAGAACGAGAGCCUGUUCUGCGAGGAGCUGCAGGAGAAGGAAGCCGUCGUUCUGAAACUGACCCAGGAGCUGAAGGAACUCGCAGAGCAGCACAAGCAUCUGGAGGAGGAGUACCAGGAAAAAACAUCUGGAUUUCAAGUCAAGCUCAAAGAACUCAUGAGUCUCCAUCAAACGAAAGAAGCUUCUCUACAAGAUGAACUGCAAAGCACUCAAAAACAGCUGAAGGAUGCAGUGGACAUGUACACUGAACUGGACCUACAGCUUAGGCAAUCACGGGGAAGGGAGAUAAUGAAAGAGACACAGCUGCAAGAGAAGCUGGAUGCUUUAACAAAAGAGAAGAAUCAACUGCAGGACCUAUCAGCUCUCAAAGAAAAAACAGUAGAGGAUAAAGAGGAAGAAAUAAAGAAGCUGGAAAGACUGAGACAAGAGGAAGAAGAGGCAAGAGUAGCUGCAGAGCAGAGGUUUGAAAAAGAAGCAAAGGCUGUGAAUGCAGAUUUGAGAGUGAAAGACCUCCGACAAGCACUUGAACAGUCUGAACAAAAAUAUGAUGAGCUCAAGAAGGAUUUUGAGGCCUAUAAAAAACACUGCACCGAUCUCCUUGCAAAGGAAAAAGAAUUAAAUGCCAAACUACGCCAUAUAAUUUAGCUAAUGGUAGCUUUCUGUUGAAUGUGUUAGAUAUACAUAUGCUAUUAAUGCCUAAAUAAAAUUUGAUGUAACCUGAGCCUAUGUUCCCCUCCAGAAAAACAUAAGUGAAUACAGA